CGGUGUACCAUGGAUAUUUUUUGAAGAAAAAUGUUAACAGAUCAACAAGAGAAGCUGUUGUCUUAUAAUGGGGAACUCCUUAUUUUUGAACUGUCAAAAGGCAAAACCUCACAGGGUGACAUUACAAGAACAAGCACAUUACAUGUCACUCGAAGGACUUUUGACAAUGGUACUAAAUCGUUCAUUGAAACAUCCACUGGGUCAUUUAGCAUGUGUGGAAAAGAUGUUGAAAUGAUUCAUUGCAAUUGUACGUCUGACUUCAGGACAGGAAUUCUUCAUCCCUGUAUUCUGUUGAAAAGGAAAAAGAAGAAGAAUAUUAAAUAUAUUCUACUACUGCUUCACAAUUGCAAUAAAUUUGAGCAGCUGAUUCAGUUUAAACUUGACUAUGAACUUGAGGAACCUGUAAAAUUACUUGCAGGCCCAACAGUUGUAUGGACCUAUGAAAAAAAAUUGUUCUAUAUCUCUUCCCAAGCUAGUAGUGUUUCAUGUGCCCCUAUUCAGUUUUCUUCUAUCAAAUGGGCAGGUGAAAUUGAGGGUGAAGGGAGUGUUGUUUUAGGUAUCAGAGAUGCUUGUUUGCCGAAAGGAGAAAAUGGCCCAAGUGUUGCCAAAUCAGAUGUCCUUAUCUGGGGAAGCGAGUGUUCUUUGUAUGUGGUACAGAAACAGAAAGUGCUAACUAGUGCUAAUUUUGUGCCCCAUGCUUAUAGUAGCGUAAUAUCUUGUGUGGACAUUUCUAAAGCCACAGUGGUGAGAGGCAAGUUUAAGACAUCAGUUUUUGCAGUCACAUGCAAAAGCCAGCUGAUCUUUUUCCAAGAUGGUAAGCCUAAAGACAUUCAGCAGCUUCAAUUCGAGAAGCCUUGUUCAGUACAAAUAGCAACAGUGGAAGGAAACAACCAGUUGGUGGUUGUGGCAUUUACUUCAGGAGAUGUGUGUGCAAUAUGGAAACAUAAUUUGCAGGUGGCGUGUUUCUGGAAAAAUGUAAGGUCUGUACUGGUAGAUGAUUUUGCUGGCGUUGGAACUGAACAAAUCUUGAUUCUUUUAAAGACAGGCUCUGUUUCAGAAAGCUUAAAUACAUUCCAAGUAACAGACUUUGGAAAGGUUCACUAUAUGGGUAAUACAAGCUAUGAAGAUGAUUCAUCUUCAGAAGUGCUCCAGGAGAAUCGCUUUCUUACCAUCAAAGCACUUGAAGGAAGAUUACAGGCUGGCUUUGCUUCUGUUCGAGAACUACAACAGCAUUUACGGCUCAAAGAAAAAGUUCUGAUGCAAAGCUGUGAUGCUUUAAUAGACAUUGUUCAAGAUCAGAAACAUAGUCUUCCACGUGCAGUAAAGGAUGGUCUUGUUGCUCUCUGGGAUGAAACAGAGAAAACUUUUGAUAAUGACAUAUCAACACCAUCUAAAGACCCAGAACACCUUAUAGAGGAGGUUUGGUAUCGUGUCGUGGAGGAUAACUUAAUAGUUGGAGUGAAACUAAUGGAAGCAUUUGAAAUGAUGGUUAGUGAUGUCAGUUUAUCUCUGAUACUGAACCGGAAACGCCAUUCUGUUUCUCCAGUUAAAUGCCAGUGUAAAGUAUUUACGUUGAAGAAAGCCACGCUAGCAGAUUGUGCGUCGCAUUGGCAAGUGGAACAGUUACCUAAAAGGAUCAAGUUAGAUUGUGUUCCUUUUCAUGAUGACAAUGGAGAUCUUUCUUGGGUGAAAGGAGAUAAAACAAAAAUCUUUACUGCAGUUACUUACCUGCCCUCUUUCUUGGCGUUGCAUCAAGUACAUUGUAAGGUACUACUGCAUGCAAAGAAGAAAAGUUGUGGAGAUGAAAAUCAGCAGAAAAGUGAGAAACUGACUUUACUGUGUGGAGAUAUUAAAUUAAGUCUGGCAGAGAUUUCUACUGGGACAUAUGCAAUAGAUCUGAAAGAUUAUAAAGAUACAGGCUCCUUGAAAGAUCUUGUUGCACUUUGUGCCUUGUCACAUAAGCUGGCAUUUCAAAUAACCUCGGACUACACCCUGAUAGUUAUAAACACAUGGCUAACAAAACAAAUGGAGUGUACACCAAUCAAGGAAUGUCCUGAUUAUGUGAUUUGUUGUAAAUCUGGGAAUCUGAAUGGCACUCUCUUUAAGUGGAAUCCAAAGGGACCAUUUGAAGGAACCUUAACAAUUUUUUGCAGGCAUCAAACUGUCUUGUUCCAGUGUCUUCAUAACCUCAUUGAAUCACUACCACCAAACUGCAAGAUAAAACAUCUAAAGAUAGGAAGCAAGAAGGUACUUGCUGAACAGCUUGCACUUGCCAUAGUGAAUGAAAUCGUUACUCUCCGGCAUUCCUUCUCUUCAGCACUAAGUCAAACUGAAAGCAAAUUGUCUCUCAGUUAUGAGGAAACCAGUGAAACAACCAGUAUCUCUGCAAUGCAGCACGUCAGAGAAGCCUUUAAAAAGGCACAAAAGCAAACCAUGCUGGGUAUGAACCAAACAAUAAGUGGUGCCUUAUACAGAGGACUUGUUUCGAAUGUAUUUGAAUCUCAGCUGAAUUCUGACAUGAUUUCAUGGCAAUGCUCUUCGCUCUUUUAAUUUUGUUUGGAGUUACUUAUUAACAAAAAUGAUAAUGCAAUGCACUGUAAUGACCACAUUCAGGUGUCUGGAAAUCAUAUAUGGUAAAUGCAUGAUGAGGAGGUACAUGGGCAAGUCAUCAUUCUUCAGAAAGUAUCCCUUCAUAGAAAUGCUUGAAAUAGUGGAAUCAGGUAGCAUGUUCCUUCAACUGUGUUGAAGAUGGAGAGUUUCUGAAUGCCUGAUUAGAAUUUAUGCUAAUUCAUAUUUAUGAUUCAAUGACUUUCUUUUAGUAGUGCUGUUCUGUUAGUGUAAGUGAUUACAAGGAUGUUAUUUUGCAAAUUUUCAAAUGGAUAUAUAGAAAAGCCUAUAUUUUGGCUGAAUGGAUGUAUGCUUACCUAUUUAUAUGCCUUUUGUCCAUAUUCUGUAUUUGCACCCUUGCUGGUAAAUCUCUUCCUAGAAAAGCAGAUGGAGUCUUUGGUGGAGGAAAAGGGAGUGAUAGGACCAGGAAAGCCUGAAGAGGCAUUUGGAAUUUCUUGACUCUGUAAUAUCUAGGUCAGGUAUAAGAUGGGAUCCUGUUUCCACUGGAACAUGCUGCUGCUCACAGUAGUUAACACAGAUUUUUAACCAAGUUUUAUUUCACAACACUUCUGGGGAAAACUCUUAUGGUAGAUACUUUCAGCUUAAGGCAAUUCCACUUGUGCAUUUAUUUUUAAAUAGCUGUCCACUGUAACUUGUUAUAUUAAUCUGUCACAACAGGCAUGGGCAAUUGCCUUGAGCGAAUGGAGGUUCAAUAUCCAGGUUAAUCUGUUCAGUUAAUAUGCACUAGGGAGGCAGUUUCAUAUAUUGGAUGUUGUAAGAGGUGCUGUCUCUAUAUAUGGAUACU